GAGGAUAAGAAAUGCAAACACUAAACCAACAUUGUAUUGUUUCUCUGCUCCAUUAUCUCCCUUCACUCUAGACUGCUGCUCUCUCCUAAAACCGUAACCAAAAAUGGCGAUUACCGCCCUCAACUGCUGCUGGCUAAACGGCAUGACUUCCACAGAUGUUGCGCGCUCUUCUCUCUCCUCCCAUAAUUUUUUCCCUACUCCUCAUCCUACAUCUCGUGCACUCAUUUCUAUGGCCGCCAAUUGCAAAAAUGGAGAUAGUGCUGCUCCAAGAAGAAACGCCUCUAAUUCUGGGAAUUCUGCUAGAGAGGCAGAUAUCUCUCAAAAAAAGUUUUUUGGAAAGCCAAAAGAUGAAAGGCAUUCCUCUUUCAGACAUUAUGAUGGCAGAAAAGAGGACAUGGGACGGUCGCAAUCAUCAGGCUUUCAAUCACUUGUCAUGCAAAGGAAAGAUAAGAAAGGGUUUGCAUAUGAAUCGAAGGAGCAGCAGGCUGAGGCAGCAAAUCUUCAGGAUACUACCUUUUUGAAUGCUGUUGUGAAGGUAUACUGCACUCAUACUGCACCUGAUUAUUCCUUGCCAUGGCAAAAGCAAAGGCAGUAUACUAGUACUGGAAGUGCUUUUAUGAUAGGGGAUGGAAAGCUUUUGACAAAUGCGCAUUGUGUUGAACAUUAUACACAGGUGAAAUUGAAGAGGAGGGGAGAUGAUACAAAAUAUGUUGCGAAGGUUCUAGCCAGAGGCAUUGACUGUGACAUAGCUUUGCUUUCUGUUGAGAAUGAGGAGUUCUGGAAAGGAGCUGAGCCACUGCGCCUUGGUCGCCUACCUCAUCUACAGGAUUCAGUCACUGUUGUAGGUUAUCCCCUUGGAGGAGAUACAAUUUCUGUGACGAAAGGGGUGGUCUCAAGAAUAGAGGUUACAUCUUAUGCUCAUGGAUCAUCUGAUUUGCUAGGCAUUCAAAUUGAUGCUGCCAUAAAUCCUGGUAAUAGUGGAGGUCCUGCAUUCAAUGACCAGGGGGAGUGCAUUGGUGUGGCCUUUCAGGUACUCAGAUCAGAAGAUACGGAGAACAUAGGAUACGUGAUUCCGACUACUGUGGUAUCUCAUUUCUUGACAGACUAUGAGAGGAACGGAAAGUACACAGGUUUCCCUUGCCUUGGUGUAUUGCUGCAGAAGUUGGAGAAUCCAGCUCUACGCUCCUGCUUAAAAGUGGCAUCUAAUGAGGGAGUCCUCGUGCGCCGAGUUGAACCCACUUCUGAUGCUCAUAAUGCCUUAAAGGAGGGAGACGUGAUUGUGCGAUUUGAUGGAGUCCAUGUUGGCUGUGAAGGAACCGUGCCUUUCCGAUCUACUGAGCGAAUUGCAUUCCGCUAUCUCAUUAGUCAGAAAUUUUCAGGUGAUGUUGUAGAGCUUGGUAUCAUCCGAAAUGGGGCUCAUUUGAAGGUUCAGACAGUUUUGAAUCCUCGUGUUCAUUUGGUACCAUAUAACAUUGAAGGAGGUCAACCCUCAUAUUUGAUAGUCGCUGGACUGGUGUUCACCCCACUGUCUGAACCCCUUAUAGAAGAGGAAUGUGAAGAAGUUAUGGGGCUGAAACUAUUGACGAAGGCAAGAUAUUCUUUGGCACGAUUCAGAGGAGAACAAAUUGUGAUCCUAUCACAGGUCUUGGCAAAUGAAGUGAAUAUUGGAUAUGAAGAUAUGAGCAAUCAACAGGUUCUGAAGUUAAAUGGCACACACAUCAGAAACAUUCAUCAUCUAGCUCAUCUUAUCGAUUCUUGCAACGACAAGUAUCUUGUUUUCGAGUUUGAAGAUAAUUAUCUUGUUGUAUUGGAGCGGGAAAUAGCUGCAGCUGCUUCAUCUUGCAUCCUGAAAGAUUAUGGGAUUCCUUCUGAAAGAUCUUCUGAUCUAAUGGAGCCGUAUUUGGAUACCUUCAGGGAUAUUAAUGCUGUAGAAAAGGACAUCGGGGAUAGCCCUGUUACGAACUUGGAAAUUGGUUUUGAUGGGCUUCUUUGGGCGUGAUCAUAGGUUUAUCUUAAGAUUCAGGUUUCAUCUAAAAGUUCCACUUCCAUAUGCUCUGAUUUGGCCACAUGUUUGACAUUAGUGUGGCCACUGCAGAACCUUGACCAUAGCCUCAGCUGCGCCGUAUUUAUCAGCUGAAAUAGGGGUUACCCGCAUAUUAUUCUUAAGCUAUUCAUUUUUCAGAGCUCUCUCCCUGUUUUUCGAGAGCACAAGGGCAUGAAGGCAAAGCGAGAUGUUUUUAGAGCAUCGUUGUACAUUUUUGUUGUAAUAUUUUGUCAUAACCACCACCAAUAUAGAAUGUCAUUCUUUUUCUUCAUAAGUGUAACUUGUAACUUUUUUUUGUGUUUUUUUAGGGGAAGUGUAACUUGUAACUUCUAAGUGCGUAACUUGAUGUUAGCUUUUGAGACUUAUUUAUUUAUUGAUUUAUUUUA